AUGAGUGUAAAUACAGGUCUACCUCCAAAUUGGACAAUUAAAGUUUCCAAAACACAUAAUAAAGAAUAUUAUUUAAAUCAAUCAACAAAAGAAUCAUCAUGGGAUCCACCAUAUGGAACAGAUAAAGAAACUUUAAAUUCAUAUAUUCAAAAAUUUAAAAAUAAUGAUUAUAAACCUGUUACAAAUAAAGAUGGAAAAGUUCGAGUUAGUCACAUUUUGAUUAAAAAUAAAAAUUCAAGAAAUCCAAAAAGUUGGAAAAAUCAACAAAUUGAUCUAAGUAGAGAAGAUGCUAUAAAUUUAGCUAAAUCAUACCUAAAUAAAAUUUUAUCUGGUGAAUUAAAAUUUUCAGAUUUAGCUCAAGAUGAAAGUGAUUGUAGUUCACAUUCAAGAGGUGGGGAUUUGGGAUUUUUUGGUAAAAAGGAAAUGCAACCACCUUUUGAAAUUGCUGCUUAUGAUUUACAUGUUGGAGAAAUUUCAAAUUUAGUUGAAACUGAUAGUGGAAUUCAUAUACUACAACGUACUGGAUAA